UGUGUAGAGUGUGUGCGAUGUUUUGCACAUUUCUCCCUGACCUCAGGUCAGUGCAAUCAUGAGAUUGGUGAAGUGGACGAGGACGACUGCUGUCAGAACCCUCAGUACGGUUACCUGGAAACAAGUGGAGUGUGUCAGUCUUGUGGUCCUGCCGUGUGGUCUCCCUGGUCGCCAUGGUCACGGUGUAAUGUUCUCUGUGGGGAGGGGGUGAGUCAGAGAAGCAGGACAUGUUUUGGCAUCGGCCAAUCAGAGUGCGACAAUGCUGAGGACAAACUGCAGACAAAACCAUGCAGCGGCACCUGCUGCGACACAAAGGGGUGGGGCUUGUGGGGCACCUGGUCACCCUGCUCUGUCACCUGUGGAGGAGUCGGAGUCAGAAAGAGAGAGAGAGUCUGCUCCAGUUCUUCUGAGUGUCGCUUGGCCUGUAGUGGUUCAUCAGAGGAGACAGACAACUGUCCAUCAAAAGAGACUUGUCCAGUCCACGGAGGUUGGUCAAAUUGGUCCAGUUGGUCUGAAUGUUCUAGUUCGUGUAUCGAUGACCAGCGUGAUGAUGUCACCAUCCCCUCCAAAGUGCGAUAUCGUUCAUGCUCUAACCCCGCCCCCUCCACGGACACAGCACCACAUGGCAAUGGUUGCCCUGGCAACAACUUGCAGACUGAGUUCUGCAGCGAGAUACCAAACUGUCCAGUGGAUGGGAGCUGGGGGGCGUGGUCUCCACCUGGUCCAUGUUCUAUCUCCUGUGGGGAGGGGCUUCAGAUGUCAACCAGGACCUGUGAUAACCCUGCCCCAAAAUAUGGUGGUCGAUUCUGUGAUGGACCAAAUGUUCAGGCGCUGGUCUGUAUGAGUCCCUGUCCAGUCGACGGGUCCUGGACUGGUUGGUCCAGCUGGGGUGAGUGCUCGUCUUCCUGUAUCCCACAAGGCGAAGCACCUAUCAGGACUCGCUUCCGCUCCUGCUCUAAUCCAGCCCCCUCAUCCAGGCCACCUGGCAAAGUUUGCCAAGGUGACAACCACCAGAUAGAGGACUGCAGUCACAUACCUCACUGCCCAGUGGAUGGGGGAUGGGGGUCUUGGUCCCCCUUCACUUCCUGUCCUGUCACUUGUGGGGUGGGGCUUCAGGUGUCAGUCAGGACAUGUGAAAGCCCUGCUUCUCAACAUAGCGGCCUGCCAUGUCCUGGAGAGGGACGUCGAACCAGCAUCUGUACAACAAAUGUCCACUGUCCAGUGGACGGCGUGUGGUCAGAGUGGUCGCCGUGGAACAAAUGUACAUUUCCGUUUGGUGAGCGGAACAUCCGCUGCAAGCAGCUGGGCGGGAGUCAGACACGGGAGCGUCAGUGUCUUCAUCGAGCUCAUAACGGAUCCAUCUGCAGCGGAGACACUUUGACUGACAGGCGGGUCUGCUAUGAUGUCAGCCGCUGUUACCUGAAGGGCACCUGGCAGGGCUGGGACUCGUGGAGUCUUUGUUCUCCGUCCUGUGGACAGAACUCCAACCGCUUCAGGAGUAGAAACUGUGAACCUGAUUACAGUGGCUACAAUCCCACCAUCGGCCGUCAGAAGGAGAAGGCCACGUUCUUUGGGAAGCCACUGGCCGACUGUGGCUCGACACCGGAUGGCGGUCCAGAUAUCGAGAACCAGCCCUGUGUCAACAUUCCCCCCUGCCCCCCCCAGGUAUAAAGAUGGCUCUCUCAACUGAGGCUAAGUCUCUAUCGCCCACUGGUGGCUGGCUGUAUUACAGGUCAUAAACCUGUUCUUAUCUCUGUUAAUUAGAUAUUUGAUGAUGUAACUUUGUUUAGCUCCACCCCCAAACAUAAUACCUCUGGCCACUGGGUGUCGCUGACUAUACAAGACUUGUGUAUUCUAUGUCACCC